GUACAUUAAAGCACCAAUGCUAUAUAGCAUAGUAGAAGUGCUCAAGAAAGAAAAGCUAGAGUAAAAAACUUAUGGCUUUCCUAAUAAUCUAAAAAUUCCUGGCAAUGGCGCAAAAAAUUUGACUCGCUAAAACAUAACUCCUAACAAUGGCCAAGUGUAACCAUUGAAAGGGAUUGUAGUAUAGUGGAACAAGUAAUAAAUAUUGAAUCCACGAGUAUCUAGAGGUACUAAUACUCAGCUUCAGUUCAUUAUCUAGCAAAUCAGAUUAAGAUUUGAUUAACUAAACUACUCUACAAGCUAAACUAAGUUAGACUACAAAUCACAGCUUGGGAACUCACUUAGGUAAAAUUCCUCCUAGCCACUAAUAGGAUUAAUGAUCGAUGAUGUGUAACUUGAAUUACUUUCAUUCAAAAUGCAGAGUCCUUUACUAGAGCUAGAAUCUCAACUAAAGCAAUCCAGUGCCUCUUGAGUCGAUUGCCUAGAGGGACGUAUCCUUCUCUAGAACAGUUGAUUAAUGCAUUCUAUACUAUACUCCCUUUAUAGAAUGAGGUUCUCAAUCGAUAAAUAGCAAGGAAUCUAUUCACUAUUCAUGCAAUCGAUCGCCAUCAAUUUAUGGUGCUCUCUUGACCUAAUAAGGUACUAUUCCCUCUUACAAAAUCAAAGCAUAAUAAAUAAUCUUAGCUAAUGUAGAAUUGAACUUCUAAACAUGUAUAGAUUGAAUAUGAACUCAAUAUAAUCAAGAGAGAGUACUCAUACAAUCAUCCAAUAAACCAAAUAAAACUAGGAAUCCUCAAAACCUAAGGGAAGGGAAGUUACUCCAUAGAGAAGAGAGAGAAUGCAAAAAUUUGAUCUAGAUCUUCAAUCUCCAUCUCCAAGCUUGAUUCCCGAGCUCCAAUGAUGAAGAAAUUCCCCAAAAUAGCUCCAAGAAUGAUCCUAAGUGGCUCUCUCGCUCUAGGGUUUGUCCCUUGGAUGUUUGGGAUCCAAAACCCAGCUCCCCCCAUGCAAAAAUUGCAGAAAACACAUUUAUACCCUUGUAAGGGACAUAAACACUGUCGUGUUUCAUCCAUGUCCUUGUUUAUUCUCGACACCAAAAACACGGGCACAGGAGGGCAAAACCCGACCGUGUUUCUCCUGCCCGUGUUUCUUCCUAAGCUCCACUUUUGAUAAAACACGACCGUGAAACUUGCACAUAUGCCUCCCUCUGCGUGUUAGGACCUGCAAUAUGACAAGAACAUAAUCCAGCAUAAAAUAGGCCGAGGACAACAUUAAUCAAAUCCAAAUCAAUAAAAAAAUGAGGGUGCAAACAUGUGUAAAUAUAGUGUAAUCAAUUAAUUACAGUUAAAAAGAAAUGCUUUCCAGCCAACUGGACAGACCGAAAGCUAUUUUUAUACAAGUCAUAGUUAUAGUAUUUCAAUCCUUUCUCCCCACAUAUUCUAAAAGUAAAAAAAAAAACCCCAAAAAAUCACCUGCCAAAAAAAAAAAUCAAUUACUCUAUUCAGGUAACAACAAAUCACCACUAAUAAUUAAAAAAAAGAAUGUUAACCAUCAUUACAACCACUAAAAAUCCUCAAUCUCAUAUUAACCCAAAUCCUUUGCCCCCUCUUCCUCCGUGUAAAUAAAAACCAUUCUUCCCCUCUCUCUCCCUUGAAAAAAAAAAAAAUCCCCCCGCCACCGGCCUGCAGACGGAAAAGAAAGGGCGGAACCUUCCGCCCGCAUCUCUUCCGUUUGCGCUCCCUCCGGAAUAAAUAAAUAAAUAAAAAUGUGCGGGAACUCGGCAGGCUGCAAGGCCUUCCGCUGCAUCCUCUACAUCAUCGUGAUGAUCGCCUGCAUCGCGUACCUCGUGCUCACCACCGUGAUCACCCUCCAGUACGGUCCCAACGCGCAGCCGCUGGAGAUCCGGGUCCCGCCCGUGGCCGUGGAGCUCGACCUCUCCGACGAGACCAUGCCCUGGCUGUCGUUCGUGAACCGGAGCACCAUCCGGUUCGUGAACCGGAAGGACCACCUCAACAUCACGAUCCGGCGCGUGGAGGCGCUGUUCAUGUACGCGGGCUUGCCCGUCACGUGCAUGAUCCAGACCGAGCCCGUGCAGCUGCCCGGCAGGAGCGUCGGCGGGGUGGAGUUGGAGGCCGUGAUGUGCGACUCGAGUGGGAAGUACACGCACGGGCCGUUCCCCUACACGGAGAGCAUGGCGAGUGAGGCGCGUGGGAAGGGGAGGCUGCGGCUCGGGGUGACGAUGAACGUGCGUGCGGGUUACUCGCACCAGCCGUGGGGAUGGGACGUGUUGCUUAAGCCGGCGUGCGGCGAGCUGGCGAUCAGGAUAGCGGAUUCAGGGAGGGUAAUUAGUAGUAGUAAUAAUAAUACUAACGAGAAUAAUGAUGAUAAUAAUAAUAAUAAUAAUAAUAAUGUGUUUUUUGGGACUGGGAGGUUGAAUUGUGUUGUUACAGAUCCUCUGUGGGUUAGGUGAUGAUGUAUAUGAUGAAUGAUGAUCAAUAUUAUUAUUGCUCCUCUCUCUCUCUCUCUUUUUUUUUACACCCAUUUUGGUUUCGAUACGAAUGAGUUCUUGAUGAAAUGGUGUGAUGGAUAUCCGGGAAAGAAUUCUUGUUGCUUGACAUUCUAAAGGAAAGCUCUGUUAUACAGGUCUUUUUUGUCUCUGUUCCUCCAGCGCGUGAAAUUGUUUUUAGUGAUGGUGUCGUUAAUGGUGAACCUGCUACUUAAUCGAUCAUAUGUUUAUUGGCCGAUAUGCUACCUAGGCACAGAUGAUGGAAGUUGAUAAUUUGAUAUACGAAGAUUUGAGUUUGCCAGUUUCUUCGGGGGUGUCAUAUUGACGAACCAAAAUUAAUGAGUUGAGGUAAUAUGGUUCAUUUUUUUUCACCAAAUGUUUGAUGUUGUUUUUUUUUAAUCCAAGAUAAACCCCCAGGGCAUGGACGAACAACAAAUACAAAUCACUAACAAUAUUUAAGAAUGGUAGCCCGUAUGCAACCAAACUCCCGAUGUGUAAGGAAGUGGUUAAGUACCAUACACGGGCCUAUAUAAGAUCCAGCAUAACCUUCUCUCAACAACUCGAGUUAUUGGGACCAACUGGUUUCUGACACGAUGAAAGAGCCUUUUUUGCCACGAGGUGGGCAGCUCUGAAAAAGUUCCAAGGAGCAAAAAGACGCGAAACUGACACAGGGGACGAGAAAGAGAGAAAGUAAACUUCCCUUAGAUGGAGACGACUUCCUCAUUGUAGCAUCCCCAAUGGUGGUUUUGAAACUCCACAAAAGUAACAAAAACAUUAUACGUAAGACACUAUCUCAUAGAAUCACGAAGAACAAAUAGUUUUGUUAUAAGAACUUAAGUAAUGCCAUAAUAAAAUAUACCAAAAGCAAAUGAAAUAGUUUCAUCAUCUGUGAGGUUAACGAAAUCAGAUGCAUAUCCUUGAGCAUUCUUUGUGGUCCAAUCAAGUCGAGCCAAUACAUCUUCGCUAUGAAAGUUAUUCCAUUAAGUCAUCGCCGGAAUUUCAGAUACAACAGCCAAAUAGAUGAAUAGAACCAACAUAAAGGAAACAAAUAAAAGAGUCAUGGAAAA